AUGCUGCUCUGUGUCACCCUGUAUUUGGGCGGGAUCAUUUUCAUCCUGUUCAUCCUCCUAAAUAUCAACUGUGAUCCUCCUCUGUACUUUUACAAGUACUUCAGGAAGUCGCCAGAGGUUCUAAAGGGGAAGGUGGCGUGGAUAACGGGAGCAGGGUCGGGGAUUGGGAAGCAGCUGGCUUUAAGCUUGGCCAAGGUCGGAACCAAGCUUGUCCUUCACAGUCUCCAAGGAGAAGAUCUGGAAUCCGUAAGAGCCCUCUGUCUCGAGGCUGCACAAGGUCGACUGAGCGAAGAAGACUUUCUCAUCAUAUACGGUGACGUCGCUGGUUUUGGAAUUCAAGAAAUAUGGGUGGAAAAAGUUCUGCGACAUUUCAAGAAGGUAGACAUCCUGAUAAACAACGCGGGGCUAUCGGCCUUCCAGACGGUGUUUGAAUCUUCUUCGAACAUGGUUAGGAGAUUGUUUGACGCGAACUUCUUUGGCAGCAUCUGGCUGACCAAAGCCCUCCUGCCUCAUUUCAGACAGAGGAAAACAGGGCACAUCGUCGUGCUCUCUAGUGUCCUUGCAUUCUUCUCAACUCCCAAUUCUUCUGCCUAUUGCGCUUCCAAACAGGCAAUUCGAGGAUUCUACGAUUCUCUUCGUGUGGAGGAAGCCAAGCAUGGGAUCAAAGUCACGAUCUUGUUUCCCGGAGGAGUUAAAACAAAUAUCAUCAGGAAUUUUCUAAAGAAGGAUGGAGUCACCAUCAACAUGGUUCGGAAGAAUCUAUUUUCUCAAGACAUGCUCGUCUGUGCCGCCUUAUGUCUGAGUGGGAUUGCCCUCAUCCUUUUCCUCCUGCUCAAAAUUGAUUGCGAUCCUUUGCUCUACUUCUGCAAAUACUUCGGAAAGUCGCCAGAUGAGAGUGCAAAUCUCUCGUUCCAUAAUCAUCUAGAGGCACUCAGGGGGAAAGUUGUUUGGAUCACGGGUGCGGGGUCAGGGAUUGGGAGGCAACUGGCCUUCGCCUUGGCCAAGGUCGGGGCCAAGCUUGUCCUUCACAGCCUCCAAGGGGAAGAUCUCGACUCCGUGAGAACAGUCUGUCUCGAAAAUGCACAAGGUCGGCUGAGUGAUGAAGACAUUCUCCUCAUACACGGAGACGUCGCUCAUUUUGAUAUGCACGAAAAAUGGGUGGAGCAAGUUCUGCUGCAUUUUGGAAAGGUGCGCCAUUAUUGA